AAAAUUCACAUCAACAACAAAAUACACAAUGCAAACAUCAAGCACACCUCUGAUAGUCAGUAAAAUCGCUUGUAUUGGUGCCGGGUACGUCGGUGGACCAACAAUGACAGUCAUUGCCAACAAAUGUCAUGAUAUUCAAGUUGUCAUCUAUGACAUGAAUCAACACAGAAUUGAUGAAUGGAAUAGUGAUCAUUUGCCAAUCUAUGAACCUGGCUUGGAAGAAUUAGUAUUCGAAAGAAGAGGUAAAAAUCUUCAUUUUACAACUGAUUAUGCUCAAGUUGUUGAUGCUGACAUUAUUUUCCUUUCGGUUAACACACCAACUAAAUAUUAUGGUGUUGGAAAGGGUAGAGCAGCUGAUUUAAAGUAUAUUGAAUCAUGUGCUAGACAAUUGAGAGAUACUAUUAAAUCAGGAAGAAAGAUUAUUGUUGAAAAGUCAACUGUACCAAUUAGAACAUCAAUUGCUGUAAAGAGAAUUUUGGAGAGUGGUGACAGUCAAGCUCAAUUUGAUAUCUUGUCUAAUCCAGAGUUUCUUGCUGAAGGAACUGCUAUUUCCGAUUUGAAUGCUCCUGAUAGAGUUUUAAUUGGUGGUGAAUCUGAUUAUGCUAUUCAAGCAUUGUCAAGUGUUUAUGCCAGAUGGGUUCCAAAGGAAAAUAUCAUUACUACUAAUUUGUGGUCUAGUGAAUUGAGUAAAUUGGUUGCUAAUUGCAUGCUUGCUCAAAGAAUUUCAUCAAUGAAUGCCAUUUCUGCAUUGUGUGAAAAGACUGGUGCUGAUGUUCAACAAGUUUCAUAUGCAGUUGGUAAGGAUACAAGAAUUGGUGCUAAAUUCUUGCAAGCUUCUGUUGGUUUUGGUGGAAGUUGUUUCCAAAAGGACAUUUUGAAUUUAGUUUACUUGGCAGAACAUUACAAUUUACCAGAAGUUGCCAAAUACUUUUAUGGAAUUAUUGAAAUUAACGAUUAUCAAAGAGAUAGAUUUGCCAAGAAGGUCAUUCACAAGUUAUUUAACACUGUUUCAAAUAAGAAGAUUUGUAUCUUGGGUUUUGCCUUCAAGAAGAAUACAUCAGACACUAGAGAAUCAUCAACCAUUUACAUUUGUAAAUCAUUGUUGGAAGAAAGAGCUCAAAUUUGUAUCUAUGAUCCAAAAGUUACUGAAAAUCAAAUGAGAUACGAUUUGAAGAGUUUGAUGAAUGAUUCCUAUGGAGGUGAUUUCAGUGCCAUUUCUGAAACUUCACCAGAAAGUGAACUCGUCUCUAAGAAUGUCAAAGUCUUCUCUGAUCCAUAUGAAGCCAUGGCUGAUGCUCAUGCUAUUCUCGUUUUAACUGAAUGGGAUGAAUUCAAGACUUAUGAUUAUCAGCGUGUCUUUGAUUCCAUGAAGAAACCAGCUAAUUUGUUUGAUGGUAGAAAUAUUCUCGAUAGAGAACAAUUGGAACAAAUUGGAUUUGAAGUUUAUCAAAUUGGUAAACAAGAAAAGAAUCUUGCCGAUUGGUAAUUUCUCAAUAAAUUAUAAUUUUAUACUC